AGAAGCUGUUCUUGGGAUUGGAAUCUGGAAAACCUUGUCCAGUGAAAGGUCCUCUUGAGAAACCUAAGGAACUUGUCCAUAGGGAGAAGCCACUUUCUUGUAUUGAAUGUUUUUGCAGUUGAGAUUCCUUUUAACUGCCUCCAAAGAUGGAUAAGGACAGGAAAAAAGUGAACAACAAGAUUUUAAAACUUACCAUGGAAAUCAUCUACCUGCUUACUGGAGAGGAUUACACAGUAGUGAAGAAUUCCCAUGUAUCAGGAGAAUGGAAAAAGAUCCAUAGCUCAACCACAGAACCCCCUGAAAAUGACCAGAAGAUCCUAGAACUUACCCAUAAGAUCAUUAAUCUGCUGACUGGAGAGGAGUAUUUAGAGGAAAAGAAAGAAUCCUGCAUGGGUGUCAUGGAGCACCACCAGCCCUUCAUGCCUCUAGUGGGAUCCAACAAGAGAAACCCGAAAGAGAGAUGUUCAAGUCCUUUUUAUUCACAUGGCUUUCCAGAGGAAAUUCACAAUGUGCCUUUGCAUCAACAGGAUGAAGAACUGAUAAAUAUUAAGGUGGAAGUUAUAGCAGAAGAAGAAGAGACAUAUAUGAGAAGUGAACAUCAGUGUAAAGAGGAGGAAAUCCCUGUAUAUAUCAGCCCAGCAGAUACCAACUUCAAGAGCUCAGCAGCACAUCUCUUUUUAUCUCCAAGUUCAAAAACAGAAGAGAAAAACAUCACACAAGAUUCUCUAAGUGAACAACCCAUUACCCAAAAUACAUCGCAAGGACUUUAUACUGCAGAUGUCCUAUCUGAACUCUGGGAUCACGAGGAACCACCUGAUACAUCACAAAUAGUUUCUCACAGUACUGAUCGCAGGGGAUAUAAAACCUUUCAGUGUAUUGAAUGUGGGAAAACUUUUGCUAAAAAAUCAGUUCUUGUGGAGCAUCAGAGAAUUCAUACAGGAGAGAAACCAUUUUCAUGUUCAGAUUGUGGAAAGUGUUUUACCCAGAGAUCAAAUCUUGCUCAGCAUCAAAGAAUUCACAGAGGGGAAAAUCCAUUUAUGUGUCUGGAAUGUGGGAAAUGUUUUUCCAAGAAAUCCAACCUUCUUAGACAUCAUAGAAUUCACAGAGGUGAGAAGCCAUUUGCCUGUUCUGAUUGUGGAAAAUGUUUUACAAGUAAAAGUCAGUUAAAGGUGCAUCAUAGAAUUCACACAGGAGAGAAGCCCUUUAACUGUAUGGAUUGUGGAAAAUGUUUUAUCCAGAAGUCAGAUCUUGUUAGACAUCAGAGAGUUCACUCAGAUUCAAGAGUCACCUCAAAUCCUCAAUUUACUAUUGAUCUCCCACAGCCCCGAAUUAUUGCUACUUAAGUCUGGGAUCAUAAAGGAAAAUUAAAGGAGUAUUCGGGGUUUAUACAUCUUAUCCAAAGGUUAGGGGAUAAGAUGUAUGAUCACAGGGCUCUCGCUGCUGGGGACCCCCGUGAUCUCGGUGCAGCCCCCAGCCUUCUGCCGGCUGCCUCCGAGACUUUCUCCACGGCCACACACCCUUGUGAUGUCACGUACCCCCCCCCCUCAGACAUGAACGGAAAGGGCGUGGCCGUGACGUCCCAUCCCCAUCUCAGGGGCUGCACCGAGAUCGCGGGGGUCCCCAGGGGAUAAGAUGUAUAAAGCCAAAUACCCCUUUUAAGAGGCGGAUAGAGCCUCGUUGUCCUUCAAAAUAAUGGAACCAAAUAGUCACCUUGAAUAAUGGUGCCAACAGAGUCCCUAUGGAUCCUCUUUUCUGUACACACUUUUGAAUUGUGUUCUGAAAGGCAUGCAUCAAUUUAGUUUAACCCUUUAUGUGCUACAUUUAUGGGCCUCAAUCAUAGAACUUUCUCUAACAAUACUAAAAACUGGUUUUGUUUUUGCAUUCCAUUUAUAAGAACUUUCAUGAAAAGAGAUGUUCCUUCUGGAAACCUUAUCAUAUCUUUAUAGCUCAAUCAAAGUUUACCAAGGAACUAGGUAAGAAAUGAUAACAGGUUGUACAGCAGAAAUAAUGCCAUAUAUGUGUGUAUAAAUGUAAAAAAAAAAAAAUAGGCCAAAUAAAGACUUGUAAGGCAGGACCUUAGAAUAAAA